AACUCUUUUUCUUUUCCUCUUCCUCUGCCGUCUGUCAAGCACAGAUAUUGCUGAUAAGAAAAUAACUACUGUGUUUUUUUUUUAAUUCUUCUUUAUUUUCCUGUGAACGGGAUUCGAUUCGAUUCCAUCUCUGAAUUCUGAACUCGCAAACCCGCGAGAAAUCAUCUGCGGCUACUCUGGUCUCGCCAUCGAUUAUAUCGAAACAAACAAUUAGGUUGUCACAGAGGACUUGAGCAGCUGGGAGACUGGUUGAAAUGCUUUUGCAGGAGUGUCGUUAAUGUUUCCGUUACAAGGCAAUUUUUGGCUCCGAGGAAGGGGUCAUUGAGUAAUUCCUGGUAGCACUCAUUAAGUAGAUUGGGGUGCCUAGUGCUAGCAAUUAUUUAUUUAUCAAGAACAAAGACCAUGAAGCAAUCUUCAGGUUUCCCUCUCAGCUACCCUUAAUUCAGCCUUGUUGGCUUCACAGCCAAUACUUUACUAGGCAGAUUUCUAUCAACUUUUGUUGUCCUCAGUAGAAAGAUCUGGGGAUUUUUUUUUUAAAAAUUUGGAGUCAUAUUGGAGUGGUCUUUUCUUUGGUUGAACUUGGUGGAGCUGAGCCUCUAGACCCACUUGUAUUUGUGGGCUUGUACCUCAUCUAAUGGCCCAUGGAAAUAUUGGAUAGUUCUAGUAAAAUCUACUUGGCAUUGAGUUAAAUUAUUGCUUCCCUUUUAAGAUAAUAACUCUGCUGUAUGCUGAGAAUGAAACCACAGUUUCGUUGAUUUGUUGCUGUUGAAGAAGGAGAAGAUGCUACCAUACCAGAAGAAACCUCACAUCAAUAUGAUGUUCAUGUCUACAUGCAGUUUUUAUGCUACCACUGUAACAUUUAGGAGCAAAGUAGGUGUUAAUGCUUUGUAAACGAAAAUUAUGGAUCAUAUUUUGGAGAAAAAAUACCCGGUCUGUGCAGAAGAGUAUAAGUUAUAUGAAGAAGUCGGUGAAGGUGUCAGCGCCAUCGUGUACAGGGCUCUUUGCAUUCCACUUAAUGAGAUAGUUGCUAUUAAGGCUCUUGAUCUGGAAAAGUGCAAUAAUGAUUUGGAUGGCAUCCGAAGGGAGGUACAAACAAUGAACUUGACUGAUCAUCCAAAUCUUUUAAGGGCUUACUGCUCUUUUACUACUGGACACAAUCUUUGGGUUGUGAUGCCAUACAUGGCUGGGGGGUCAUGCCUUCAUAUAAUGAAAUCUUCAUAUCAAGAAGGUUUUGAAGAGCCUGUUAUUGCUACAUUGUUGCGCGAGACUCUCAAAGCUCUGGUUUAUCUACAUGCCCAAGGACAUAUCCACAGAGAUGUUAAGGCUGGGAAUAUUCUACUUGAUACUAAUGGCGCAGUCAAGUUAGCUGACUUUGGAGUUUCUGCUUGCAUGUUUGAUACUGGAGAGAGGCAACGCUCCAGAAAUACAUUUGUGGGAACUCCUUGCUGGAUGGCACCUGAAGUGAUGCAGCAAUUGCAUGGAUAUGACUUUAAAGCAGAUAUUUGGUCAUUUGGAAUAACUGCCCUUGAACUUGCUCAUGGCCAUGCUCCUUUUUCUAAGUAUCCACCAAUGAAAGUUCUUCUUAUGACCUUACAAAAUGCACCUCCUGGGCUUGACUAUGAACGAGACAAGAGAUUUUCAAAGUCAUUCAAAGAACUGGUAGCUACUUGCUUAGUGAAGGAUCCGAAGAAACGUCCAACCGCAGAAAAGCUGUUGAAGCACCAUUUCUUCAAAAAUGCACGCUCCAACGAAUUUGUAGCUCUUUCCAUUCUUGAUGGCCUCGCUCCUUUGGGGGAGCGUUUUAGGUUGCUGAAGGCAAGAGAGGCUGAUCUGCUUGGGCAGAAUAAGGCACUCUAUGAAGACAAGGAACAUUUGUCACAGCAAGAGUACAUAAGAGGUGUCAGUGCCUGGAAUUUUAACCUUGAGGAUCUGAAAAGUCAGGCUGCCCUUAUUCAAGAUUAUGAUGAAUCGUCAAAUGCAGAGAAUCCCGGUGUAAGUAGGAAGCAAGAGGACAGCUGUAAUGCUGUGUUUCCCACAGAGAGGUUGCCCAAGGAAAUGGCUAAUUCAAAUAUUACCUCUAGUGAAGAGGAAGGUUUCAGUGAUCUGCCUGAUUUGAAGAGUACACUUGCCUCAUUUCCCAUUAAACCUCUUCAAGCACUAAAAGGUUGCUUUGAUGUUGGCGAGGAUGAAGUUGGUGGAACUAGUCCAAGUUGGAAGGAUACUGCCCUCUUGGAUUCCGAACUGGUUCAAAAGUUGUCGCCAAAUUUCAUGGGCCAAGAAUGUGAAAGAUAUGAGGGCAGCCAUCCAACACGAAUUAACUCCAUACCACGUCAUGUCGCUUCCGAGCCUAAGAAGUUUUUUAGUGGUUCACUAAUACCAGAUAAUGCCUUUUCUCCAAGAAAGGUCAUUCGUGACGGAGACAGGGAUAUUCUACAACCAAAAUAUCAAUCAGAGCGAAACUAUAGUGGUCCAUUGUUCCGCCAGAAAAGAGAGAGCAAUAAUCUUUCUUCCGAGGACACAUCAGAAGGAGCUGUGGUCCAACACAAGGGACGCUUUAAGGUCACUUCAGCAGAUCUCAGCCCCAAGGGUUCGGCAAACUCUUACUUUAACCCUGUUUGUGGAGGUUUGACUAGCCCAACAAAUGUUCCUGCUGCCUCACUUCUUUCAUCUCUGCAGAAUAUUUUGCAGCAAAACAACAUGCAGAGGGAAGAGAUUAUUAAAUUGAUCAAGUAUGUGGAGCACACUUCCGGCAAGCGGGUGGACUCUGCUGAGACAGGGUGUAAUGACGUUUUGCAGAUGCAGGCAUCUCCAAACUCUACCAGAGAGAGAGAGCUGCAGGCACAGGUCAUUAAUCUCCAACAAAGUGUUGGAAGCCUAGUUGAGGAAUUGCAGAGGCAGAAGAUGAAAAAUGCUCAGUUAGAAAGGCAACUGAAUGCUAUGCUAGUGAAGGAGUAAAAAUGAAAAGAUGUCAAGAUUACAGGAUGAAUUUCACCAGUGGCCAGUUUCAUGAAGGUCUGCCAGAUAAUUGUGAGGUUUAGGGGCAUAUAGCGAUUUGUAUUCUUAGUUGUACCAUAUAUGGGAACAUGGGUGUGGGCGUCCCCAAAUUUUGAGAUGCUAAGCCCUUAAGCCUCACAUCUUUGUGACAUGUAAUUUAUUGACUGGAUCAUUUAUUGUAAUUAUAGUAACACUCAUCUCUCCCCCUCUCUCUGUGAUGUGAUUGUGUCCACGCACUAUCCCUACAAUAUUGUCAACUCAUCAGCUUCUAGCACUUCAGUUUUUGCUUAUGUGAAUGCCGACACAGGUGGUCUCUUGAUGGCUUUA